UAUAAAAUCUAUUGAAACCAAAGGCUGUCUUUCUCACACCUGUCAUUUCUUUCCUUCAAGAAAAGUAUUUUUUUGUUCUUUCAAGAAAAAAUAUCAAAGCCAGAAACUCUUAAAAUCAAUUAAGAGAUAUAAUAUAUAGAAUUAGAAAUGUGUCCUUUGAGAUUUCUCUUGGUGUUUUUUUCUGCAGUUUUAGCUGCAUAUUUUGCAUGGAAAACAACUCAUUCUUCAUCUUCUUCUUCUUCACAAAAUCUUGGUUAUGAAGAUUUGACAAAUGAAAAAAAUUCUUCACCCAAAGAAGGACAAGAAACAAGUUUCAAAAGGAUGGUGGAGAAUAGUUUCUGGGUUUUUGUUGAUAUGGCUAGUGGAAGAUAUUUGUGGAGGAAUAUGAAGGAGAUGAAGAAUGUAGAGGAGAAAGAUACAAAGAUAGUUUCGUAAAUAACAAAGAUUAUUUUUUAAUCUUCUUUAAUAUUCAAAUUUGUUAAAUGUAAUAUAAUUUUGUAAUUGAGAAAUAUGUUUAACACAAAACCUUUGUAGUGAAAGAGCAUUUUCUUUUAUCUUCUUAAGAAAGUGGAAUGAGCAAAAUGUAAUUGAAUCAAAUCAUACAAUUUCAUUGGUUUCAAGUUUUUCUCUUUUA